GCUUUUUAUUUUCUUUCUUCGCGCUCUCUCACCCGGACCACUUCCCGGCCCUUCCUUUCAUUAACCCUUUAGCUUCUAUCUCUGUGGCAAGCUAAUACCCAACCCCUUCCAUUUCCCUUUUGUACCUUUUUUUUUAUUCGGUUCCUUGUGAAUUUCGACAGCCCGGUGCUGAGUGAUAUCUAAACAAGAAAAAGAAAAGAACGACGACGAAAUCAACACACACACACUCCUACUACUAUUACUAUCGCACGAUGUACUUUAAAUCUUUGUCCGUGACAGCUAUCAGCUUGCUUGCAUCUUUGCAAUUGUCUGGCGUUGACGCCUUUCCAUCCUUUGGCUUAAAGAACAACCUUGCUGUUGUCCAUGGCGGCCAGCAACAAACCAGCACUCUCAGCGCCAAUUACGUCUCCGUCUUUGCUCGCGACAACGAACCCGACGUUGAUUUCGAAUUGGUUCCUAUGGACGUGAAGAAUAAGGUCGUCUCGCUUCGUAAGCGUGGUCUUUCUGGAUGUACCAUUACUCACACGGCCAUCAAGGGUGAGACCUGUACUCAGAUCUCCAAGGACUACGGUAUUCCUCGCAGCCAGUACUUGGCAUUGAACCCUUCGAUCAACUCGGGCUGUACCAACAUGUGGGCUGGCGAAACCUACUGUGUUUCCAAGGAGGAGAAGGAGCACAAGCCCAAGCCCAAGCCCAAGCCCGAGCCCAAGGAAAAAGAAGAAAAGUCCAAGGAAGAGUCCAAGGAAGAGCCCAAGGAAGAGAAGAAGGAAUCCUCCAGCUCUUGCGAAUUCAAGCACACCGUUACCUCGAGCGAUACCUGCACCUCUGUCAUUAAGCAGUACGGCGUUGACCGUGAUGCCUACUUGAGCGCCAACCCCUCCAUCAACAGCGCCUGCACCAACAUGAUUACUGGCAAGGAAGUCUGCAUUCCCGGCGGUGGCUACUCUGGCUCCUCCUCUUCUGACUCUUCUUCUUCUUCUGAAGCCGAGAAAUCCGAACCAAAGGAAGACGAAAAGAUCUCGCAAAAGACCACCCAUCUUGCCGCCAAGACCAAGGGCGACAGUGACGACGACAAGGAAGAAGAAGAUAACUCUGGCAGCGACGGCUGGUCAUCCACCGAAAAGCCUGCUGAAGAUACCUCCUCCGAUGACGACAACGACGACGACGACUCCUCUUCUUCUUCUAGCUCGACCGAAAAGCGUAAGCAGAUCUCCAGCGGUGUCCCCAUGACCUACUACUGGAUUGCCCAACCCCAAGACUACGACUUGGGCGGCCGUCAGGUAUCGAUCAAGACCUGUGAAGGCAAGACGCUUGGCAAGACCUCUGUUGAAUAUGCCGAUGCCCUCGUCAUGGAAGGCACUGGUGAGCUGGACAACAAGGUUGUCAACCUCGGUGCCUGCUCGUGCAGCAACUACAACUGCUUCAUGGAAGUCGACAAGAGCGAGGAUCCCUAUGGCUUGACCUCGUACGGCUCUGCUCUCCGUCCCUUCAUUACUGCUGCUGCUAACGACAUUCCCCAGGGUUCCAAGAUCUAUGUGCCUCAAUUGGACGGCUGGGAACUUCCUGGCACCGGUGGCAAGAAGCACAAUGGCUGUCUCCUUGUCGACGACCGUGGAUGGUCCUUCUCUGGUAAGCACAUUGACUUUUACGUCUACACCAUGAGCAACUACCAGUCCUUGAACAGCGAACAUGGUGUCAGCGAUGUUGAUGUCUAUGAAGGUGGUGGCUGUAAGCUCAUCAACUACAUGUAAUUUUCU